CACUCCACACAACAUAACACAAAAACCACACCCGUAUUACACUUGGACACUCCUCCCUCUUUUUCUUACCUUGCUCUUUGAACCUCCCUUGGAGGAGGAGAAGAAAACUAAAAGAGGGCUUUCUUUUUUCUGUUUCUUUUGAUUAUUAAAAAUGCAGGAAAGAGUUCUUGAUUACAUUUUCGUACCGGCAGGCCUCCUAGUUAUGGUGGCAUACCACCUUUGGCUUCUCUAUCGAAUUAUAAUGCAACCAAAUAAUACCAUCAUCGGCAUCAAUUCCAUCAACCGCCGCUUCUGGGUCUACGCUAUGAUGGAGGAUGCGCCAAAGAAUGGUGUUCUUGCGGUGCAGACACUGCGAAACAACAUAAUGGCAUCGACCCUUUUGGCCUCGACGGCCAUUAUGCUCAGUUCUCUCAUUGCCGUGUUGAUGACAGGUGGCAGCAAGGAUCGAAAGGCGUUUUUCGUCUUCGGAAACAGAAGCGAGCUCGCGUUUUCCAUCAAGUUCUUUGCCAUAUUGGUCUGUUUCUUGGUGGCUUUCCUGUUCAAUGUGCAGUCCAUAAGAUACUACAGCCACGCGAGCAUUCUCAUCAACACCCCCUUCAAAAAGAUGUCACCGCAUCACAAGCAUCAUUAUCUCACAACAGAGUAUGUUGCCAACACUGUCAACAGAGGCAGCUAUUUCUGGUCCUUGGGCCCUCUGUUUCUGUGGAUCUUUGGGCCCAUUCCCAUGUUCGUGUCCUGCUUUGUUUUGGUCAUCAUGCUCUAUUUCCUGGAUGUCACCUUUCAGUUUGGAUGGGUUGUUGGGGUUGCCGAUGAGGAGGAGCACAACGGCCUUAACAAGGAUGAGGAACAAGGCACGUCAUUACAACAACAUCAUUAGCAUUUUAAUUAGCAUAUUACAACAUCAUUAGCAGAGAAAGGAAUAGUAACAAAACUGCCUACAAGUAUUGAACCUAAGAGCAGUUCAGAUUCAAUACAAGUUGAAUUGAAUUGCCCAAUAAGUUGAUGUAACAACAUAGCAAGUUGAAAUAAAAGUACCACUAGGAAACGCUA